AAGUAUUUUUUUGAUAUCAUGAUUCCGCCCCCACCUCCUCCUCUUCCUUCUUCAAAUUCAAAUCUUGAUGUGCACCCUCCGUCAAUUCCUCCUUCCCCUCCCAUUCCUCCUUCCCCUCCCAUUCCUAGUCCAUCUUACCUUCCUCCCAUUCCUCCAGCUCCACAAAGUACACUAGUUUCUCUUUCUGUAGCUUCGAAAAUAUCUCCAGCAAAAUUAAGAGGACGCAGAAAUGACGAAGAAGUUGAAGAGGAUCCAAAGUCAGUUAUUCUUGAGGCCAUUAAGAGGCUGAACAACUUUUUUCCAGAGUAUGCGUCAUGUAUGUUUCAAGUUUUUAACCAAAACGCCCCUGCUUUACUUCAGGAAGGACCACAGUGUGGCCUGGUUGCGCUGUGUAUGGCUGCAAGAAUGAAAGGGCUGAAAUUAAACCCUGCUGUAUUACUCCAGAAAGCUAAGGACAAAGGCUACACAAAGCAAGGGGAAAUGUUUAGUGCGGCCAACCUUUUGGAGCUUACCCAGGAAGAACUCAAUGUUGUAUGUAGUUUACAGGACUCAAAUAUACUACUGGAAGAGCAAAAUCUAAUUCAGCUGUUGAUGGCUGGCUCCGUUUUUCUGGUUCCGUAUGAUUGUGAUUUUAACCACGGACCUUGCUUAGCAAGAGGGAAUAAAGCGCACUGGUGUUUAAUCACAGGGUUCCUUCUUCUCUCAGACUCACCUCAAGGCUUAAAUUCGAACCAAAACGGCUCAACUCUGGACUUAAACUCAAAUCAAGAUCAAAACUCAAGUUUAAAUAAUCACUUGGAUUCAUUAAAAAGCCAGAACUCCGCCCAAAUAAAGUUUAUAGACUCUAAUGAGGAUCUCUACUCACCUCCGUCUUUCAAGAAACUUCUACUUAUUGCAAGACAAUCCAAAUCCUUAGUUUUAGGUAUGUGGGAUAACAGUAAAAUAGUUUCUAGCAAUAGAAACCUUAAAGAAUUUGGAACCACGAGAAAUAUUCAAGAUUAUAUGGUAAGCAAAGUAUUUUUUAAGCAAUAAUUUGGACAACGUUUU